UAUUAAUAAUUUAUACUAACAGUAUUAAAUAGUAUUGCAAAUUGUCACAAUGGGUCUCUUAUCUGACCCCGAGUAUGGUUCUGUGAAGUGGGUGCGACUUUUGAAUAAAAUUCACGGACCAUUAUGCCUUUUUUGUUAUGUCGGUGCCCUGGUAUGGUUCUUCGUGUUGGGCAACAAGGAGUUCAACAAUGAAACCUACUUCUCCGAGAACGCGUUGUUGCCGGGUCUCGUAACCAACGAAUUCAAUGCAGAGCAAUCUUCGAAGCAGUUCUUCAAUGACUUUUUGUAUGAACUUGAGGAUAAGUAUUAUGAUACUGAUGAGAUGCCGGUGCCAUGGCUCGUUGCUAAAAUGUCACAACUUCACUUGGAGGUGUACACACAUAAUUUUACACUCAACUAUCCCUUAGGACAAGGGCAGAUUUACAAAGGUACUAAUGUAUAUGGCAUUCUCCGAGCUCCUCGCACCUCCUCACUUGAAGCCCUAGUAGUGACAGCACCAUUUAGAUCCUUAUCUUCACAUCAGAAAGGGACUGCUGCUGGCAUAGCUCUAAUGUUGGCUUUUGCCCAGUUUGCAAGACCACAAAAAUACUGGGCCAAAGAUAUUAUCUUCCUGGUAACAGAACAUGAACAACUAGGAAUGCAGGCGUGGUUAGAAGCUUAUCACGGAUUGCAAAGUGACGCUGAGACAUUCUACAAAAGUCUUGGCAGUUUUUGGAAGCCUGAUACACCUGCUUUUGAUUUCGGUAGUAUAGGGGAUGUGUUUAAUUGGGUUAGUGAUAAUCAGAAGUGUUUGAACCCUGGCAAAUUGAAAGGAAGAUCAGGAUCAAUACAAGGAGCUAUUAAUUUAGAGUUUCACACACCUAAAAUAAAAUACAUAGAAGUCAAAGUAGAAGGACUGAAUGGUCAGCUGCCUAACUUGGAUCUAGUCAAUUUAGUUCACAAACUGUGUGUAAAGUCUAGUAUACAUCACUCAUAUAAAAAUAGUUAUUCAUGGAUUCGCACGAAAGUUAAGUCGGAAGAAUGGACCAAUGGCAUCUGGACGAUGCUUGGCAUGGUGUCUGCUCAAAUUGCUGGGGUUCCAAACGGUAACCAUGGUCUAUUCCAUCGGUUCGGAAUAGAAGCCGUUACCCUAGAGGGACGGGACGCAAACGACCCAGCGGGUACUCCGCCCAGAGUGAAUGCACUCACCACCGCUAAUUUCUACCGCCUUGGUAUUGCGCUAGAGAGUAUACUUAGAUCUUUAAACAAUCUUCUAGAACGAUUCCACCAGAGUUACUUCUUUUACUUGCUGGCAGCUACAAAUAGGUUUAUAUCUAUUGGUCAGUACAUGCCGUCUUUAUGUUUACUCUGCGUGGCAAUACUAGUCCGCGCUCUUUCUCUAUGGGUCACCAUACAACAAGAUGGCGACGAGGAACCACUUAAAGCCGUAAAACGGAAGACGUCCGACGCGAGUGUAUCAGGCGAGCAGGAACCUAAGGAGGUACCUGAGGAGGUAUCUGAGGAAGAACCUUUGUUAAAGGAAAAGAAAGUAGACGAGUCUAAUAUGAGUAUUGUGAACAUAGGCAUCAAUUAUUUACUGGUGCAUCUACUUGGUUAUAUUGUUUCCAAUUCGCCGAAGUUAUUCAGUAAAAUAGGAUCAAUAUAUUAUAAUCAACCAUCAGAAGUAUCAGUAUUCUAUGGUCUCAUAGCGACAUCAGUGUUUCUAGUCUUUGUGACCCCAUUAAUGCCGAGGAUUCUACGCACGGGUCGCAUGACCCACGAGGAGUUAUCACUAGUCAAUAUACUGUUACUUAUAGAGUUGGCGACAGUCUGCCUUUCAGUGGGAAUGCAUAAUUUCCCACUAGGCUUAGCCAUAGCUGUGCUAUACACUCCUCUUGCCCUGGUAGUUGGCGUUGAGACUAUAGAAGGUGGUAAGAAAAGACCUAUAAAGAAUUUAUUCAAGCGAAUAUUGUGCCUGUUGCUGCACCCUUUGUGCGUAGUGACUGUGGGCAUGAUCGCAUACAGCCGCGUUCUGUUCUCGGAGGAAGAUUUGUUGUCUAUGGCGGGACGGGGGCGAGACGCUGCCAUGCAGGCUAUCAUGUUCUCUAUUGUAGACUCACUUAUUUAUGGCAACUGGUUAUACAACGUGGCGUCAGCAGUCAUACUACCCAUUUGGAUUAUAUUCUGGCAAAUACUGUGCAUCAGAAUCGAUGACACAGUGUAAUCGUCACAAGAUAAAAAAAAAAUAACCCUGGACAAUAAACACAGCGUCAUCUAGUCCCACGGUACGCAGAGCUUGUGUUACGGAUACUAGACAACUGAUAUAAAUA